AUGAUGAGCAGGCGCGAAUCGCGCGUUUCAAUUAAUUUCCGACAGAAUGAUGCACUCCUGGAGUUUGAGAACUUCAAGAAGAAAUUCCUGCUUGCCAACAAGCAUAUAACGAAGCUUAAUUCGACGUUGAGCGUUCGAAUUGAAGAACUCAACGCGCAAAUAUCAGCACUGUACGUCGAGAACCUCCGUCUUCGAGCAUCCGAGAUUGCGCUCGCAACACAACUGAAGAAGGAGAAAGAGAGGUCUCAGAGAGUUAUAUCAGAUGCAGAAACCGCCACACACGCGCUCCUGAAACACUUUGGAGUCAUUCGCAAGAAUUUCAGCAUACCACCCAGAAAGCCUUCAUCGCCCUCGAAACACACGCAGCAAGCAAAACAACCACCACGCAAGCCGAUCCUCGACCCUGACGCUUCUCCCCAUGUCAAUCGUCUCGCACGAGCUCCUGACUUCCCCGAUAUAUUCGAAGCGGAUGAGGUUGUAUCUGAUGCCGAUGAUAUAGAUAUGGAGUCAAGCCCAUCACCUGUAAUGCGACGUAAGAGAUCCCGGUCAAGCUCGUCUGUGACGUCUCGCCUUCCUGUUCCCUCCCGAGCUUCGCCACCACCGCCCCCGCCAAUCGUCGCGACGAUCCACGUGGACGUCGAUGAACAUCUGCUGGCUCUCGGAAAGAAGAGAAUCUCAAGACGACAAAGCGGUUUACUAACUGUGAACACGACGCCAAUGGCCGGAUCGUCGCGGUCCUCGUCUAGAUCCGAAGCGUCGUCUCCUCGUCCUCCAAGUCCCGCAUUCGGAUCACCAGCUCGGCGAGAGGCAGGGCUUGCAGAAGAGAAGGAGGAGAUGGCAGCUAUGAACGGCGAGAUCGACAUAGCUCAAGAAGAUGUAGAAGAGGAAUUAGAGAGGACUCUGAGGAAAGAGCGGAAGCGGAAGUCAAAGCUGCGGGAGAUCGAAUCCCCUCCGGAAAAUGUGAAGUCAAGGCACCGGGAGAAGAGGAGAACAAUAGACGAUGAUGAAUUCGGUGGGUCUCACGUUGCGGAGAGGAGCAAGUCGAGGUUGAAGGAUGUCACAAAUUCCUCAGGGAGCAGGUCCUCUCUUCAUCCGAUCGAUAUGCAUAAUUUGGCAGAUCGCGAACGGCAGCGGAGCCCAGAUACUGAUGUACCAUCUUCUGCUAUGACCCAAACGUCGACAUCGACACGACCAUUAUUAUCAACUCCUGCUACCACGCCAGCACCAUAUUAUCUCCCGACGCCGAGGAGCUCCAGCCCAACGCUAUUUAUGGAUCCCGAAAUGCCAGCUCCAGGGGGGCGGGAGAAACGUACGCGCAAGAGCAUCAAUUAUGCUGAACCGAAGCUCAAUACGUCUGUGUCUUCACGUCCACCGAUGCAAACGAUGGACCUCUUACGUUUUAUCUUGUACAGUAAAAUGCGCAAACCGGAACCGAACCCCACUUCCAAACGCGCGUCUACGUCAUCGCAACAGAACCCCGAUAACAUCCCUCGAUCAUCCCUCGACGCAGCGCCCAUUGAUUAUACGACUGAAGGGGAGCCGAGCAUCAAACGUCGGAAGUCCCGACCGCGCCUCCCACCUGAAGAAGAGGACGAAAGUGAAGGUGCACAGGCUGACGCUGAAUUUGCAUCGGGGAUGAGCAAGUCGAGCUGGGUGAACACUGAAGGCCGACGGCGUAGCUCUCAAUCAGGUAAGCGCCUCGUAGAAGGCGAUGGGGGCCGAAGACAUAGCAUGGCGGUUUGA